UGUACACCCAAGCAUGGGUGUGGGUGUUACCGGAGCCGUUGGAUGCUUCGAGAUUCGGACAAAGAUGCUAGGUGAGAGAAGUUAUUUUUCUCCUUUUCCUUCUUUUCUGUAAAAAUGAUGGGUCCUUAAACAGUAGCAGAAAGCCACCAGACACGGAUUUGACUCCACCAUCCCGCUGCUGUGUCUCCCCUCUCACCCGACAUGGCCGGCAGCAGCCACUCCUCCCGAUUCCAUUCUCGUCGAUCAUCGUCUCUCAACCGGAGCAACACCAUGUCGCAGUCUACCUGCGCAGCAGCACCGGCGAUGGAGCCGGAUUCAGGGGGGCGGCGGGUGCGGCUCCGCCGCAGGAUUGGGGCAGCGGGGGCGGAUGACUGGUGCGGCUCCACCGGAGGAUGCGGCGGCGGGUGCGGCUCCGUCGGAGGAUGCGGCGGCGGAGGAUGCGGCAGCAUUGACGGUUGCAGUAGCAGAGGACGCGACAACGUCGACGGUUGCUGCCAUCGAUGCAGCACCGAAGGUGGUUGCGGCGGCGACAGCUGCGACGACGACGCAUCGGCCCAUCGAUGCACAGGUGGUGGUUGCAGCGGAGGAUACGGUGGCGCUGGCGCCGGACCAUGGAGUAAAAAAUACAGCACCGAAGAAGGGGAUUCAGAGCAUUUUCAGAGUAAAAAAUGCACAGUUGGUGGUUGCAUAUUUGUUCUCAGAUCGUUCCUGGGGAUUCAGGUUACGAAGCAGCCGACGAAGUGAGUGUUGGAUAAUGACGGCCACAUCGACGGUGAGCAGCAAGAACUUGAUGACGGGGGUGGGAAUGAACAUAUUCGGUUGUUUGUUCCUCUUGAGGUUGGUCCUGGCAACAUAGGCGCAGAGGAGCAUGUGGCGGAGAGCAUGGGCGCCGGCGGCGUCGAGCUAGCAGCCGGUGUGGUUCAGCUCGAGGACGACGACUCUUCGUCUGAUGCAGGGUACCAAGGCAUCGAUGAGGGAGACGACGAGGUGGUUAGCCACCGUCGACGACGGCGUCCGCAACCUCUUGCAACGAUGGGUCUGCGCUCGUCUAGUUUGAUUCAGCUUUGGGCGUCCCGGAGCAAAGCAGCUCGUAAGUUAGCAGUAGGUAGUCAGUUAGCAGCUAUGGUUGCACUCUAGACUACCAUGUAGCCAGGGCAUUCUGUGACUGCAGCUGUCAUUUGGUAGUAGCAGCGAAGUGGCUAAGAUGUGAAAUUGGAGAGCUAACGAGCAAAUAGAAAAUAGACGUAUCCAUUGUAA